CAAAGCAAGAAACUCCACAACACACAAAACCCGUUGGCAAAUUGCAAUUCCUCUCUCGGUAAAUAGCAUUCCGGAAAAAGAAAAGCACAACCUGUCUCCAGCCUGUAAAUGCCAAUUCCCCUCAUUUCCACGUUCUUUCAAAACCUUCAUUUUUCUUUUUUCAAUAAAUCAAUUAUCCGACGUGGCAAUCACACUUCACGAUUUCUCUCUCGUGAGUCUCCUCCUCCUCCCUAUAAAUAGCAACAUUCACCACACGCUAUUCCCCCGUUUUCCUAACAAACUCAAUAUUUAUACACCUCCUCCUUCACACCCCCGAGUCACAACCCAUUCCGACUCACUGAGUUUCAACAAACGAUUCCACAAUCAACAUGGGAAAUUGCAGUUCGUUCGAUCCAUCGACGGUUGAGACGGCGAAGGUCGUCGUCCACGACGGGAGCCUCCAGGAAUUCUCCUACCCGGUUCGGGUUUCAUACCUUCUACAGAUGUUUCCGGCGUGUUUCAUUUGCGACGCUGACGAUUUGGGAUUCGACGACGUCGUCACGGCGGUGCACGAGGACGAGGUGUUGUGCCCCGGCCAGCUCUACUUCGCCUUGCCGAUGUCCCGCCUCGACCGGCCCUUACCGGCGGUGGAGCUCGCCGCGCUGGCGGUGAAGGCAUGCUCGGCGCUCUCCAAGAGCGGUGGUGGUGGUGAUAAAUGUGGGCCUCGCCGGAAACAGGUUGUGAUGUUCUCCGGCGAGGGGAAUGUCAAGGCUGCCCGGAGAGCGGCGCCGGGAUAUGGUGGUUCCGUCGAUAAUUCUGUUGGUGCGUUGAGGAGAGGAAGGAGUGGUAGAAGUGGUGGUGGUGGUGGAAGAGGGAAGUUUGCGGCGGCGUUGAGUACAAUACCGGAGUAGGGGUAGUUUCGGAAGGGAAAAUUGUCGCCGGUGAUUAAAUUAAUUAUGGGGAAAAAAAUGAUUAACUUUUUGACAUUGUAAAGGUGAUUAGAUUAGAUUAGCAGAUCCAGAAAAUAGAAUAGGACGAGUCUUUUUCGUUUCUUUUCCUUUUUUAAGGUUUCUGGAUUUUGUGAUUGUAACAUAGUAUUUAAAUGAGAAAGAAAUUUUGCAGCUACUCA